ACAAAUUAGCUCUAAGAGCAGCCCUUGUUUACAGAUAGAUGCACCACGCAUAGAGCAUAGAGGCAUAUUCCAAAUAUCGAGCAUUCUUAACAAUUAGGGAACCGUGGCACUGACAAAUAUAGAUCCAGACGUGAGAGUAUAGAGAGGUAAACUCUAUAGUUACUUUGGCUCCAGUCGCUUGCUGCACUUCUCUAAGAAUAAAUCGAGUUAUAUGUCUUAUAAUAGAGUGUUUUGUGUGGUGUAAAUAUUCAAAAAUGACACGGCUCACCGUGGCCAUCAGGGUUAGACCAUUGUCCGACAGAGAAAAUAUUACAAAAUCUGUAUCCAUAGUUUCCGUUGAGAAUGGCAAGACGAUUUCCGUUACUAAUAUUAAGGUACCCGAACAGAACGCAGGAGACAGCAGGGAGAGAGUACGAAGAUUUACCUUCGACUACUGCUUUGAUUCCAUUUCUACACAGGAAGAUGUAUUCCAAAAUAUCGGAAAAGAAAUUGGUAAGGCGAUCAAAAAGAGAUUCCAUUCGUGCGUAUUGGCGUACGGGCAAAGUUCAACUGGAAAAACGCACACCAUGAUAGGUGAUGAGGAUGACGUGGGCCUGGCACCGCGUCUAUGCGAAACUUUUUUCGAUUAUUUGGCGGAAACUGCCGUUGGAAGUGAAACGCAGAAUAUGUCUGCCACAGUUAGUUACUUGGAGAUUUACAAUGAAAAAGUUAAGGAUUUAUUAAACGUUCAGUGCGGUCGUGACGAUAGUGUUUCAUUGAAAGUCAGAGAACAUCCGAAGAAAGGACCUUAUGUGCAAGGUUUAACAGAGAGAACAGUGGCGGAUACGGCCGAAUUACUAACGUGCUUACAGAUUGGCAACUCGAAUCGUCGAACUGCAUCAACGAACAUAAAUCCUAGAUCCAGCCGGAGCCAUUCCGUAUUUACAAUUACAUGCUUUGGAGGCGUGAAACUGAGAUUAGUGGAUUUGGCAGGGAGCGAACGUGCCGGAAGUCGUUCGCAUACAACGCCGUUAUUCCGGGAGGGCGCCAACAUUAAUAAGAGCCUCGUGGCUUUGAGGAAUGUUAUAACAGCCUUAGCUGAUAAACAUUUGAAAUCUACCCGGAAACGCUUCAUUCCUUAUAGGGAUUCAAUACUGACGUGGCUUCUGAAAGACACUUUAGGUGGAAAUUCGAAAACGAUACUGAUAUCCACAAUUUCCCCAUCGAGUGCAUGCUACAGCGAGACGGUCAACACAUUGCGGUUUGGGCAAACGGCCAAGCAAAUCGUUGUACAGCCUCUUUUCAUUGAAGAUCCCAAAGAGAGAACCAUACGGGAGCUGCGCACAGAAAUAGCCAAACUUAAAGAGCUUCUAUAUUUUGCCCAAACGCAACAGCAACCCGCUUCGACGCAAGAAAACAGGGCUUCUGAGGGCGACAUAUCGUGGGAAGAGGUUGACGAUUUUGAUAACAGCACGGACAGCGGAAUAACUUCUUCACACGCCAGUUUAAAUGAAGACGUCGACGAUGAUUGCAAAUGCGAGACGCAGAAUCGAAUAAAUAUAAGCGUUCCGAUCGUUAAAUUAUGUGAAGUUAAGAGAACAGUGUUGAAAAGUGUGGAUAAGUUGAUUCCGGUUAUGGAAGUAACGGCGAAUAUAUCGAAGCCGAAACCUCCGGUUCCGCUGCAAAGAACCUACAGCGUGGAUCAUAAGAUGGGUGUGAAGAGUAAGAAGUUGUUUGGUUCGCACGAGGUUUUGACGUCGAAGGAUAAGAAACCUAUAGAAGUGAGGAAAAGGUCUUUGGAUAAACCGAUGAGUUUAGUGCAGAAGAAGACAGUUGCUAAAAGCGUUUUAACCGAACCGAGAACCAAAUUCGAGGCGAAAUCAAAAAUCGACUCGCUGAGGAGGGCUCAGGUCAAACCGCGCUCUGAAAUCGUAGCAGCUGUUACGCAAAGGCUUUACAACAAGGUGAAGAAGAAAGAAGCUUCCACAGAUACGGACGAUAUCGAUAAGAUAGAACCAGUUAAGGAAUUAUCGAUUUGUUCGAAUGCGAGAUUGAAAUUGCUCGAACUUACGCGGAAAGCACUUAAAGCGCACAGACGGAGAAACGAAUACACCCAAACGGAUUUGUUUCCAGUCUUGAGGGUCAAAGAAAUCUCCACGGAUGUCGACGAUCUGCAAUUCGAUUUAUCCGAAAUUAAAGACGCGUGUAUCGGAACGGAUCCUGUAGACACUCAAGAUUUCGGAGUCGGUUGUUCUCUUACCUCUAAAAAAUUGAUAUUCACCAGAACUUGCGGAACUUCAACCGAAAAUUUGUUGGAGGAAAAACAAACUGUCCCGCAGCCGAACCUAAUUUCGUUCACUAAGUAUUUGCAGCCGCAGCCAGAACCCAAAUUCGAGAUAAUCAAACCGUGCAUAGCAAAUCCCAUAUACACAUCGUCUGUAAACAUCAACGUUAAUCACAAUUACAUAAACACGAAUAAACCGAGCAGCGGUAACUUGUCCGAUGACAGUUUGGAGGAGUAUCCGCAACCAAACGUUUGCCUUCCAACGCCUGAUCUUAUAAGCAAUCACAACUCUUUAGAGCAGUCGACUUCUUCGAACGCGAUAGCUAAAAAAUCGUUCAACGAUUUGAGCUUCGCCAAUAUGAAUGUGAUCCAAGAGGAAUUUGAGUUGAACGAGAACUAUUCGACGGAUUUGAAGGAGAUGUGCGUCGCCAAUUUCGCAUUGGUGCCGCGUUGCAGCGAAUCCAUCGAAUCUGUAGAUUUACAAACUGUGUACGCAUCGCAAACAUUCUCUUCGAAUAUAAACGAAAGAUGUACUCCAAUCCGCGAAUUUCAUCCAAAUUUGUGUAAAGCCAACAUCGUUGAAGACUAUUUAAAAGAAUCACUGAUCAUCGAGAAACCAAUCAUUUUAAAAUCGAUAAUGAAACAGCAGGAGAGCAGUGACGAUGAAUCAGUUCAUUUUGAGAACAUUCCAGACUCGUUGAAUUACUACAACGAGAAGAAGAAAGUCAGGUUUAACGAAGAGCCAUUCAAAAACGAAAACAUGGUAGAAGCCAUGACGAAUUUCAUGAAAGAAGUUACAACGUUGAUGAGUAAUUUAACGAAGGUCGCUAACAGAUUGGAGAAUUCUUCGGAACAAGAGUACGAUGUUGAAGUGACUGUUAAUGAUUUCAAUAUGCCCAAAUGCAGAUCGCGGAGAAAAAAGGAGCACAAAGAGCACAGACAUUGCUGCAGUCGCGAAUCGAGCGUUUUCUCUGAAUCCACCACACAAACAUCGCCGAUUCGGACAUGCGAAAUGGGAACAACAUUUGAGGAACAAUUACCUGUUAAUAAAUACGAGGCGAUCGUGAGGGAAUCGUGCGAACGUUUAGAGAAAGUUAUCAAUAAAGCGGAGACGCAGGAAGCGAGUUUGAUGGACGAUCUGCAUAGAUUUCCGCAACCGUUUUCCAUCACCACCGAUUGGAAUUGCAGGAGUAACGCUGGAGAAGAUCUGAGUUUGGAGAGUAAUCUAGCCUUUUCUGAUUACGGAAGUUUACCGAGGAGAAGGUAUAGGAGGGAACGAUUCUCAAGUUGUAGUCCGAGCACAUACUUGAAAGAAUUAACGACGAUGAGGAAACAGAUUGUCGAAUCUUCGAGGGAAGCAUUCUCAUCUGAACCACAAUGAAUUUAAUAUUAUAUU